ACCGAUCUCCGUUUUCUCCCUCGGCAGAACGACAAACAAACACAGAAAAGAGGAAGCAGAGCAGAGGUCCCGCCGAGAAAGGGAAGAGGAGAAUGGCGGCGGAGGUGAGCUCCAUCGCCAGGAUGCUCCGCGGGGAGGCCGGGAAGGGUAGGGCCGGCGCGGGGAAGGCGCCGGAGAUGGUGACCAUGGAUCUGCUCGGCGGGUGCGGCAGCGACGCCGGCGGGCAGGACGAGGUCGUCGACCUCGAGGUCAAGGUGCCCGCCGGCUGGGAGCGACGGCUUGAUCUGCUGUCCGGCAAGACGUUCCUGACCCCUCAUCGCCACCAGGCCGCCCAAGACGGCCACCAGGACCUCAACCUGCCUCCCACGGCAUCCACCGCUCCGGCCGCCGCCGUCACCACAUGCGCCGCGGUCUGCACCCUCGACAUGGUCCGCGACGCCCUGCAGCGCGCCGCUGCCGCGCGGUCAGCCCGCUCUCCGGACACUUCGUCCUCCUCGUCUGCGUCCACCUCCUCGUCGUGCCCCUCCCUGGGAAAGCGCAGCCGCUCGCCUCCUUCAAGCACGGCGUCGCCCCCCGCGAACCCGGCCAUGCGCGCGUCCGCGUGCCCGUCCUGCCUCACGUACGUGCUCAUCGCCGAGGCCGACCCCCGGUGCCCGCGGUGCACGUCCAAGGUGCCGCCGCUCCCCACCAAGCCCGCCGCCCACAAUAGCGGGAAGAAGCCGAAGAUUGACCUGAAUGCUGCCGCCGAUGAGACCGAGUGAAUGGGAAAAGAUGAUAGACAAUUCGAUUUUUUUUUCUUUCUGGAAAAGUUUUUCCAGUCAUUAGUUGGCACUACUUAGAAUAUAUCAUCAGAAACAGAUACAUGUUCAGAAAAUUAUUACUCCUACUAUCAUAGGGUCAAAUCAGAUAUUCAAGUUGGACUUUUAUUAAUUUAUUUCGUUUUUUCCCUUCAA